AUGGAGGGUGAAAAAUGGAUAAAACAUUACAGUAGUAAGCAGAAAAUACUGUUAAUCGGGGAAGGAGAUUUCUCCUUUGCACUUAGUCUUGCUACUGCUUUUGGAAAUGCUACCAAUAUCGUGGCUACUUCCAUAGAUUCCCCAGAUAUGCUGCAGAUGAGGUAUGCAAAGGCGAAGAGCAACCUUGACCUUCUUGAGGCGUACGGAUGCAAUCUGGUGUAUGGAGUCGAUGCACAUACCAUGCAUAAACAUCGUGCCUUGCAAAAUCAAACUUUUGAUAGAAUUGUUUUCAAUUUUCCACAUGCAGAACUGUUUUUACGUGAACACAAGUUAAAUUCAUUAUAUUUGGAUAGCAAAUUUAUAAUGAAAAAAAAGACUGAGAAAGGGAAGGAAAGGAAAGAAAGGGGAGAAGUGGGGAAAGGACUCAAAAAAGGAAAGAAAGGGGAGAAGUGA